CUUACUGCCUGCUCGUAGCUCACAUAACGUUAUCCCAUCUGCUACAAUGCAAAGGUAUGGCGGUGGCCGCUUCCUGGCAUCUAUAAAUCAUGCAAAUGCGCAAGAAGAUGCAACAGCAAGACUGCAUUUCAUACCACUUUGCAAUCCACCACUAUCGUCGACACAAACUUGAUCAUGUCGCACGCAUCUCACAACGAAACCAACCCUCUCCUCAACACACCCCUCAAACCCAAGACCGAGCCUGCAGACGAGCCAGUGUCAGCAGGCACCCUCUACGCCAUCAAGGCACUGUCGUACGUCCGCAUCGCUGGGGGAGCAGCAUGUCUCGUAGCACCACAAUUCGCAUGCGCGCUCUUCCAAUACAACGUCCCGGUCGGCUCAGCCCUACUCGUGCGCAUGGUCGGCGCCCGCGACGGUGUGCUGGGUGGGCUGCUGCUCACGGCCGAAGACAAGAAAGCUCAUGACGGCGGAAGGAGGGAGAUGAGAAGAGGGCUUUGGACGGGCAUUGCGGCGGAUGCUAUUGAUAUUGGGAGCUUGGCGUAUGCUGUUGCGAAGGGUCAUGUGGGGCAGCCCACGGGAGGCUUGUUUGGUGCUGGGGCUGUGGUUUUCAUUGGGCUGGGUGCUUGGGGGCUGAGGGGGUUGAGGGGGUGAGGGGGUGAGGGGGUGAGAGGGUGAGAGGGUGAGAGGGUGAGAGGGUGAGGGGGU